AUGCGAGUUCUACCGCAAAGGCUUGGAACAGCCAGGCCGUCAUCCCUACUGCUACUAUUUCUGGUCAUUGUCAUCGCUGCUCAAGUGUCUGCCGUACCAGCGGACGAUACAACAACAAAUACUGAUGCCGCUAAGACCACCGACGACCCUUCGACCACUCAAAGCACUUCUAGCGUGAGUGAGACAACCACUUCUUCAACCACUUCUCAAUCGACGUCAAGUUCUACCACCAGUACGACGUCCUCUUCUUCGACAAGUACAACCAUGGAUACAACCACCACAUCCUCCUCUUCCUCCUCCACGACGUCCGACAGCAGUACAACUACAUCAUCCGUCUCCACGACAACGAAAUCAUCAACAUCCUCCUCCACCACAACCGGCGCUGUUGUGACGAUACCACCCAUAGCCAAUGCCCCAUAUAUGAAAGAGAGCAGUGCUCCAGAAGGCACAGUGUUCAUCGCCGUCGGCGCCGCGCUAGGGCUGAUCGGCCUCACUCUGCUCGCGUGGCGCGCAAUGGUCGCAUGGUCCGUAAAUCGCUCAGUGCGGCGCGCCGCAGUAAGGCACGCUUCGCAAUCCAAGCGCCUCCUGCGCGGCAGCAGAAAGAAGCGAUCAACCCCCUACCCCGUCGCCCCGGUGGCCGACGUAUCUCUCGAUAAACUCGGCACCGCCACUCGCGCAAGCUACAAGCCCAACCGGGUCUCGAGCACAAGCAGCGGUCUUUUCUUUUCACCUACAGCAGGCGGCCCUACUGGAUCGCAUGCAAAUCCGCACGCUACAGGAAAUACGGGGAAUCGUGGCUCAACAUACCUGCCUGCUGGAUACUACGCCGCUGCCGGUGGCUCCAACCCCGCUCCAAAUGGAGAGCCUCUUUACUCGCCCACUGCUGGCCUAUCGUCGCCCUCUCUGCCUCCUGUUGGUGUCUACCAUGAUUCGCAUAACCAGCGCCACUCUUAUGUGGGUGCCUCGACGAGUUCCUUGAACCUCAAUCAAGCGCCGCAGGGUCGUGCUCCUAGCGCAUACCUUGAGGACCUGUUUGAGAGUCAUGUUCCUCACAGCUCUGACUCGGGCCGUCGGUAA